UAUAUUAAUAAAAUAAUUAAGCGCCGGCUCGCACAGUAUAUUAACUAUGUUAUAACAGAAUAUCGCGAUAAGAUUUACAACAUAUAUACUCAGAAAAAAGCUGAAUUUCAGAAACAAGUCAACAAUAGUAAUAUUAAGGUACGUAUCACAGCUAAUAAAUAUAUUAAAGAAAUAAAAUAA